AUGUACAGCCAACGAGAAAUAAAUGACUUAAAAGUUCGCAAUCAUUGGCUGAUAAGAGAAUUAAAAAGAUCCUCGUAUUUAAUCGGUGUCAAUCUCAGUACACAAACAUUUCUUAAGGGUUGGCUAAAAAUUAUCAACGUACUACUCAUCAUAGCAAGUUGCAUUGCAUUGUAUCCACAUUGGUUGAUGAUAGAGCAUGCCGAAGGCAAUUUGUCCUUAAUAGCAGAGACAUCUACUACAGCUCUGCAAACAACUACUGCGUUAGUUAAAAUGGCGUUUAUUCUGUUCAAGCAACAUCGAUUACAUGAAUUACUUUAUAAAGCUGAAUAUCAUGAGCUACUGCAAGGAAUACAGAUUUUUAUGACAGAUAUGCCAAUCAGAAUCAGUCUAAAGAACGAAGCUAUAAGAAUUAUGGACACUACGUGGCAAGAAGCAAGGGGGCAACUCCUAUUCAGCUUAAUAUCGUGUAUAUGCAUUCAAGCCAACUACUUCUUUUACGCAUUUUUCAAAAAUUUAUAUCAUCAUUUGCAAGGGACACCCAACUAUGUGUACAUUUUGCCUUUCACCGGUUAUCCUAUGUUUCAUCACAAGGGAAUGAGUUCUUUCUAUUACAUAAUGGAUAUGUUUUUUGGCGCAUGCUCACUCCACUGCGCGGCAAUGUGUGCUAUUUGUGUACAAUGUACCUUUAUGGUUCUUUGCAAACACUGUUGUGGGUUGGUUCAGGUGCAGUGCCUAAUGUUGUUAAGAUCCACCUCACCGCUGGUGCCGAAAGUACGACGUGUCGAGUACUUACGAUACUGCGUCAUACAACAUCAACAGAUUCUUAGAUUUAUGGAAGGCAUCAAUCAGCUCUUCAGACAUAUAUGUCUGUCGCAUUUUCUACAUAGCUUAGCUAUUUAUGGGUUUGUGCUUUUCGAGAUGAGCUUUGGCUUGGAAUCGAAUAAAGUGAUAUUUGUUCGAAUGAUGAUGUAUCUUUGCGCAGCGUUGACAUGUGAUUGUAUGUUUUAUGUGAAUGGGCAAUUUUUAUCCACUGAGUUGGAAAAAAUUCCAUUGGCAUGCUAUAGCUGUGAGUGGUUUCACGAAUCAAGGGAGUUUAAGAUGAUCUUGAAAAUGAUUAUAAUGCGUUCAAAUAAACCAUUUUAUUUUCAAAUAUCUUGGUUCACAGUUAUGUCUUUGGCCACAUUGAUGGGUAUUUUCAAAGCCAGCGGAUCAUAUUUUGUGCUACUUCGUGACAUCGAUGAAGCUUGAUAUAAUAAAAGCGAGGCUAUAUUUUGGA